AGAGAGAGAGAGAGAGAGAGCGGAUCGCGCCAGGAGCUCUCGAGGGAGUGCCAUGCGUCGCGAAUCUCGUCCGCUUGGUAUCACCGCACUGACUGCACGGCGAGGCGCGCUCUGAAGUCCGAACACGGGUGUCUCAAUACUCUCAAUUCGACUCGCAAGUUCGAUUCCGCGUUCAGUCGUGCACUUGCGAUUCGUGCUUAGUCUACGUCCACGUCGUCAUCGUUAUCUUGGUCGUCGUCGUCACCGCCGCCGCCGCCACCACUGCCGCGGAGCCGAGCAAGUAAAUCCGUGCGACGGAACUCUUGGAAUGUUCUCGGGCUCUACCUGACACUACGUGGCCGUUUAGUCCACACAGAGGGUGUAAUGAGUGACAAGCGCGAUUGAAAGGAACACAUACACACACCCCUCCCGAGGUAGCAAUAUUGUCGUCCUCGUAGGAGAGGCGCUCGGCAACUGGAUUUAGGGGUCAUCAGAGGUGACUGCUGCAUGUCUUCUGACGCCGGUCGCGUGCUCGUCCUCGUGGAACUCUAUGUUUCGAAGAAAUACACGAAAGGGAUUCAUGGCAGCCAUUAGAAAGAAGUUGGUUAUUGUAGGCGACGGUGCUUGUGGUAAAACAUGUCUUCUCAUAGUGUUCAGCAAAGACCAGUUUCCUGAGGUGUAUGUACCCACAGUAUUCGAGAACUAUGUCGCCGAUAUCGAGGUGGAUGGCAAACAGGUGGAACUGGCUCUUUGGGACACAGCUGGACAAGAAGAUUACGACAGGUUGCGUCCGUUGUCGUAUCCGGACACGGAUGUUAUCCUAAUGUGCUUCUCCAUUGAUAGUCCCGAUUCCUUGGAGAACAUUCCCGAGAAGUGGACACCAGAGGUGAAGCACUUCUGCCCAAACGUGCCCAUUAUCCUUGUUGGAAACAAAAAAGACUUGCGCAAUGAUCCUAACACCAUCAAGGAGCUCGGUAAGAUGAAACAAGAGCCAGUUAAGCCUGAGGAGGGUAGGGCCAUGGCGGAGAAAAUCAAUGCUUUCGCCUACCUUGAGUGUUCUGCCAAAAGCAAGGAAGGUGUAAGGGAAGUUUUCGAAACGGCAACUCGAGCUGCAUUACAAGUAAAGAAGAAGAAGAGGGGAAGAUGUAGGCUUCUUUAAGAUGUUGUGACAAGUGAGCCCGUGGUUACGGGGAAAAUUAUAGAAUUGCGGAACUAGCUGCAACAUCUUACCUUUAAUUAUUUUACAAAUUAUUUUACAAAUAAUUAAAGGUAAGAUGUUAUAUCAUGGUUUCCGCUGAGGACCUGCGGUAUGACUAGCUUCUUUGCUUCUAUCGAUCUAUAAAUCGCGAGUCAAUCGCAGAGUGGUAUGUAUGUAUGUAUGACGUUUAUUUACGGGACUUUUACAUAACUGUUUAUAUAACUGUUUUAAUGUUAUAAAUAAAUCAAAAAAACAUUUUUUAUUUCUUAAAACAAUCUAAUUGAGCGGAACGGUGCUUUGACUCUCGCCGCUGCGUUCUUUUUCGGGAUUAAAGUUCUUAGUACAAUUAUUUUGAUUGGCUUCGUGUUUAUUAUACGGGAUGAGCCCUUAUCUAAUUUUUUACAUUAAUUUUUCAGAAAAAGA